CUGGAUCCCCAGCGCGCCGAUACGACCGUGAGCGAUAUUCGGGAACAAAGUGGAAAAGCGAUUGCCAUUUCCUGCGACGUGAGCGACCGGUCCCUGGUGGAAGCGGCGACGGCGCGCACCUUGGACGAAUAUGGCCAAAUAGACAUCCUGAUAAACAACGCGGUCAGCCCCUACCUCACCGGUUCGCUGGAAGAACUGGAUGAUGUGGACUGGGACCGCAAUUUUAACGUCAAAUUGAAGGGGAGCUUUUACUGCCUCCGCGCGGUGGUCCCUCAUAUGAAAGAGCGCCACUACGGCAAGGUGGUCAGCAUGGCCUCCAUAGUGGGCAGGCGCGGCUCGGCGGAACCCAAAUCGGCAGCUUACUCAGCAUCCAAGGCGGGCACCAUUGGCCUGACGGCUAACAUGGCCCGGGAGUUGGGGCCCCUACAAUAUCAACGUCAACACCAUUGCUCCGGGCAGCAUCAACACUCCACGCUGACGGGAAGCACGCGACGAUUAACAAUCUAG